GCUAGGAAGUUCGUCACUGUUUGGUGUUGGAGUUCAGGCGCCUCUCGAGCUGUUUUCGGGUUAAUUUCUGGUGUGGUUCAAAUUUUGUUUAGGUUCAAAUCAGACUCGAAGCAGAAGCGGUGAUCACAAAUAUCCGCAUUGAUAAACAUAUCACCGAGGAUCUUGAUCAUAUUCAUCACUUCACCGGAGUCCGUUUAGUCAGCGCAACUUGUGUCGAGAUGAGUGUGGAAGCGUACGGGCCGAGUUCUCAAACGCUCACCUUCCUGGACACCGAAGAAGCGGAGCUACUUGGAGCAGAUACCCAGGGCUCGGAGUACGAGUUUACCGAUUUUACCCUACCUAGCCAGACACAAACUCAAGGCCACACCCAGAGUCAGCUGGACAAUCAGGUGAAUGGUCCUGAUGAGGGGCUUCACAAUGGAGGGGUCAAUGAUGUUGCCAAGGCAAGCCAACUCCUCUCUGAGUUGAACUUUGAGGAGGAUGAAGAGGACACCUAUUACACCAAAGACCUCCCACUGCAUGCCUGCAGUUACUGUGGCAUCCAUGAUCCUGCAUGUGUGGUGUACUGCAACACAAGCAAGAAGUGGUUCUGCAAUGGACGUGGCAAUACAUCUGGCAGCCACAUCGUAAACCACUUGGUGAGAGCCAAAUGCAAAGAGGUGACUCUGCACAAAGACGGGCCGCUGGGCGAGACGGUGCUGGAGUGCUACAACUGUGGCUGUCGCAACGUCUUCCUCCUGGGCUUCAUACCCGCCAAGGCCGACUCUGUGGUGGUGCUGCUGUGCAGGCAGCCAUGUGCCAGUCAGAGCAGCCUGAAAGACAUAAACUGGGACAGCUCCCAGUGGCAGCCGUUGAUUCAGGACCGCUGCUUCCUGUCCUGGCUGGUGAAGAUCCCCUCAGAGCAGGAGCAGCUCCGGGCCCGCCAGAUUACCGCCCAACAGAUCAACAAGCUAGAGGAGCUCUGGAAGGACAAUCCCACGGCCACUCUGGAGGAUCUGGAGAAGCCCGGCGUCGACGAGGAGCCUCAGCAUGUGUUGCUGCGCUACGAGGAUGCCUACCAGUACCAGAACAUCUUUGGCCCCCUCGUCAAACUGGAGGCCGACUACGACAAAAAGCUUAAAGAGUCCCAGACCCAAGAUAAUAUAACGGUCAGGUGGGACCUGGGGCUGAAUAAAAAGCGGAUUGCCUAUUUCUCCUUGCCCAAGACGGAUUCAGGUGACAUGCGGCUGAUGCAGGGAGAUGAGAUUUGUCUGCGCUACAAAGGAGACCUGGCCCCCCUAUGGAAGGGCAUCGGGCACGUCAUCAAAGUCCCAGACACACCCUUUGUGAAAGACUAUGGAGAUGAGAUUGCUAUAGAAUUGCGCAGCAGUGUCGGAGCACCUGUGGAAAUAACCCACAACUACCAGGUGGAUUUCGUGUGGAAGUCCACUUCCUUUGACAGAAUGCAGAGUUCCCUGAAGACCUUUGCUGUGGACGAGACGUCUGUGUCAGGCUACAUCUACCAUAAGCUGCUGGGCCACGAGGUGGAGGAUGUCAUCAUCAAGUGUCAGCUGCCCAAACGCUUCACUGCCCAGGGCCUGCCCGAUCUCAACCACUCUCAGGUGUAUGCUGUGAAGACUGUGCUGCAGAGACCCCUCAGUCUUAUCCAAGGCCCCCCCGGCACUGGGAAAACUGUCACCUCUGCCACCAUAGUGUACCACCUCGCCAGGCAGGGCAAUGGACCCGUGCUGGUGUGUGCUCCCAGUAACAUCGCGGUGGACCAGCUGACUGAGAAGAUCCACAUGUCGGGUCUGAAGGUGGUCAGGCUGUGUGCUAAGAGCAGAGAGGCCAUCGACUCCCCCGUCUCCUUCCUGGCCCUGCACAACCAGAUCCGCAACAUGGACAGUAUGCCAGAGCUGCAGAAGCUGCAGCAGCUGAAGGAUGAGACUGGGGAGCUGUCGUCUGCUGACGAGAAGCGCUACCGGGCCCUGAAGCGCACCGCUGAGCGAGAGCUUCUCAUGAAUGCGGAUGUGAUCUGCUGUACCUGUGUGGGGGCAGGAGACCCCCGCCUGGCCAAGAUGCAGUUCCGCUCAAUCCUCAUUGAUGAGAGCACCCAGGCCACCGAGCCAGAGUGCAUGGUGCCUGUGGUCCUGGGGGCCAAGCAGCUCAUUCUGGUGGGAGACCACUGCCAGCUGGGCCCAGUAGUGAUGUGUAAAAAGGCAGCCAAGGCGGGCCUGUCCCAGUCUCUGUUUGAGCGUCUGGUUGUGCUGGGCAUCAGGCCCAUUCGUCUGCAGGUGCAGUACCGUAUGCACCCGGCCCUCAGCGCCUUCCCCUCCAACAUCUUCUAUGAGGGCUCCCUGCAGAACGGCGUCACCGCUGCUGACCGCAUCAAGAAAGGCUUUGACUUCCAGUGGCCGCAGCCAGACAAGCCCAUGUUCUUCUAUGUAACUCAAGGCCAGGAGGAAAUCGCUAGCUCUGGAACGUCCUACCUGAACAGAACUGAGGCGGCCAAUGUGGAGAAGAUCACCACCAGGCUGCUGAAGGCUGGGGCCAAGCCUGACCAGAUAGGCAUCAUCACCCCCUACGAGGGCCAGAGGUCCUACCUGGUGCAGUACAUGCAGUUCAGUGGCUCCCUCCACACAAAGCUCUAUCAGGAGGUUGAGAUCGCCAGCGUGGAUGCGUUCCAGGGCAGGGAGAAGGACUUUAUCAUCCUGUCGUGCGUACGAGCCAACGAGCACCAGGGCAUCGGCUUCCUUAAUGACCCGCGCCGUCUCAACGUGGCCCUCACCAGAGCCAAGUAUGGGGUGAUCAUUGUGGGCAACCCAAAGGCCCUGUCCAAGCAGCCUCUGUGGAACCACCUGCUCAACUACUACAAGGAGCAGAAGGUUCUGGUGGAGGGACCCCUCAACAACCUGAGAGAGAGCCUGAUGCAGUUCAACAGGCCCCGCAAGCUGGUCAACGCCAUCAACCCUGGAGCCCGGUUCAUGAGCACUGCCAUGUAUGAUGCCCGCGAGGCCCUCAUCCCUGGGUCUGCCUACGAUCGCAGCAGCACAGGGCGUCCAUCCAACAUGUAUUUCCAAACCCACGAUCAGAUCGGCAUGAUUGGGGCUGGGCCAGCCCACAUGGCGGCCAUGAACAUGCCUAUUCCCUUCAACUUAGUGAUGCCCCCCAUGCCUCCGCCAGGCUACCUAGCCCAGGCCAACGGCCCUGCUGCAGGUCGUGGUGGGGCACUGAAGGGCAAAGCGGGGCGUGGCGGGCGCCAGAGGACCCGCGGCAUGGGGAACCACGGUAGCAGCGGGCAGGCCAACGGGCCCAACAGCCAGGCCAGCCAGGACGUGUCUUCCCAGCCCUUCUCCCAGGGGCCACUCACCCAGGGCUACAUCACCAUGAGCCAGCCCUCCCAGAUGAGCCAGCCUGGCCUCUCCCAGCCUGAACUUUCCCAGGACAGUUAUUUAGGCGACGAGUUCAAGUCCCAGAUCGACGUGGCUCUGUCGCAGGAUUCGACUUACCAGGGUGAACGUGCAUACCAACAUGGUGGGGUGACUGGACUGUCACAGUACUAGAGUGUAAGGUUGUUGGAAGAGGAGCUAGGCUUGAGUUGAGCUUAGUUCAUCAGCAUUUUAAUCUGGGUAAUAAUAAAAA